CGUGUCAGGAAGUGAGGAGAAUCAGCUCAGUGGGCGAAGGAGGGCAGGCCGUCUGUCUUCAUUUGCUAACAGACAAUUUCAUUUUGUUUUUACGCCUUGUGUGGAAUUAACACGGGAACAAAAUUCGUACUGGACCUUUAGUUAACAACCAUCCAGUUACAAUGUUAACUAAGUUUGAAACGAAGUCGGCCCGUGUAAAAGGUCUAAGUUUCCAUCCGAAAAGGCCAUGGGUUCUGGCAAGUUUACACAACGGAGUCAUCCAGCUGUGGGAUUACCGGAUGUGCACACUAAUUGACAAGUUUGAUGAACAUGACGGUCCGGUCAGAGGAAUUGAUUUUCACAAACAGCAGCCUCUGUUUGUGUCUGGAGGUGACGAUUACAAAAUUAAGGUGUGGAACUACAAGCUGAGGCGCUGCCUCUUCACUCUACUUGGACAUCUUGACUAUAUCCGGACCACCUUCUUUCACCAUGACUACCCAUGGAUUCUGAGUGCCUCGGAUGACCAGACCAUCCGCAUCUGGAACUGGCAGUCCAGGACUUGUGUCUGUGUUCUGACCGGCCAUAAUCACUACGUGAUGUGUGCCCAGUUCCAUCCAGCUGAGGACCUGGUGGUGUCCGCUAGUCUGGACCAGACUGUGCGAGUGUGGGAUAUUUCUGGUCUGAGGAAGAAGAAUCUGUCUCCUGGUGCUGUGGAGACAGAGGUGCGGGGCAUCAGUGGCGUCGACUUAUUUGGUGCCUCAGAUGCCAUCGUCAAGCACGUUCUUGAGGGUCACGACAGGGGGGUCAACUGGGCAGCCUUCCAUCCCAGCAUGCCUCUGAUCGUGUCUGGAGCUGAUGAUAGGCAGGUGAAGAUCUGGAGAAUGAAUGAAUCCAAGGCCUGGGAGUUGGACACGUGCCGCGGUCACUACAACAAUGUGUCCUGCGCCGUCUUCCACCCACGUCAAGAGCUCAUUCUCUCCAACUCUGAGGACAAAAGCAUCAGGGUGUGGGACAUGUCCAAGAGAACCGGAGUGCAGACCUUCCGCAGGGACCACGAUCGCUUCUGGGUGCUGGGGGCUCACCCCAACCUCAACUUGUUUGCUGCAGGCCAUGACAGUGGUAUGAUUGUUUUCAAACUGGAGCGUGAGCGUCCUGCGUACGCUGUGCACGGAAACAUGCUCUACUACGUCAAAGACCGUUUCCUCCGUCAGCUGGAUUUCAACAGCAGCAAAGACACAGCCGUCAUGCAGCUCCGCAGUGGGUCCAAGUUCCCAGUGUUCAGCAUGUCGUACAACCCUGCAGAGAACGCUGUCCUGCUCUGCAAUAGGGCGACAAACUUGGAAAACAGCACCUACGACCUGUACUCUAUCCCCAAAGAGAGUGACUCUCAGAACCCUGAUGCUCCAGAAGGGAAGAGGUCCUCUGGUCUGACUGCAGUCUGGGUGGCUCGCAACAGGUUUGCUGUACUGGAUCGGAUGCAUUCUCUGUUGAUCAAGAACCUGAAGAAUGAAAUAGUGAAGAAAGUCCAGGUGCCGAACUGUGAGGAAAUCUUCUACGCAGGAACAGGCUCACUGUUGCUGCGGGAUGCCGACAGCGUCACGCUGUUCGACGUGCAGCAGAAACGCUCUCUGGCCACCGUCAAAAUCGCCAAGGUCAAGUACGUGGUGUGGAGUGCCGACACUAGCCACGUGGCUCUGCUGGCUAAACACGCCAUCAUGAUCUGUAACCGUAAGUGGGAGAGUCUCUGUAACAUUCAUGAGAACAUCAGAGUGAAGAGUGGAGCCUGGGAUGAGAGUGGAGUCUUCAUCUACACCACCUCCAACCACAUCAAAUAUGCCCUCACCUCUGGUGAUCAUGGCAUCAUCCGAACCCUGGAUCUGCCCAUCUAUGUGACCCGUGUGAGGGGAAACAGUGUUUACUGUCUGGACAGAGAGUGUAGGCCACGUGUUCUCACCAUCGACCCAACAGAGUACCGCUUCAAACUGGCCCUGGUCAACCGCAAAUAUGAUGAGGUUCUCCACAUGGUGCGUAAUGCCAAACUGGUGGGUCAGUCCAUAAUUGCCUACCUGCAGAAGAAGGGAUACCCUGAGGUGGCGCUGCACUUUGUCAAAGAUGAGAAGACACGUUUUAGUUUGGCCCUGGAGUGUGGCAACAUCGAGGUGGCGCUGGAGGCAGCCAAAGCUCUGGAUGAGCGCAGCUGCUGGGAGAGACUGGGUGAGGCGGCACUGCUGCAGGGUCACCACCAGGUGGUGGAAAUGUGCUAUCAAAGGACUAAGAACUUCGACAAACUCACCUUCCUGUAUCUCAUUACUGGCAACUUGGCCAAGCUGCGCAAGAUGAUGAAGAUCGCUGAGAUCAGAAAGGACAUGAGCGGUCACUACCAGGCCGCACUUUACCUGGGAGAUGUCAGCGAGAGAGUCCGCAUCUUGAAGAACUGUGGACAGAAGUCUCUGGCCUAUUUGACGGCUGCAACUCAUGGGUUGGAUGAAGAAGCUGAGGCACUGAAGGAGAGCUUUGACCCUGAAAAGGAGACGAUUCCUGAGGUGGAUCCAAAUGCACAGCUGCUGCAGCCUCCUCCACCCAUCAACCCUCUGGACACCAACUGGCCUCUGCUCACUGUAUCGAAAGGCUUCUUUGAAGGAGCCAUCUCAGCUAAAGGUAAAGCCGGUCAGAUGGCUGCCGAUCUGGACAUGGACGCCCCUGGUGGUGAGGGCUGGGGAGAUGAUGCCGAACUGCAGCUGGAUGAGGAUGGUUUCAUGGAUGCCCAAGAUGGAUUUGGGGAAGAAGGUAUCGCGAAGGAGGAGGGAGGAGGCUGGGAAGUGGAGGAGGACCUGGACCUUCCUCCAGAGCUGGACAUGCCGGCUGCAGGUGGAGGAACAGAGGACGGCUUCUUUGUCCCACCAACCAAGGGCAUGAGUCCAACCCAGAUGUGGUGCAACAACUCCCAGCUGCCUGCUGACCACAUGCUGGCUGGCUCCUUCGAAACUGCUAUGAGACUGCUGCACGACCAGGUAGGCGUGGUGAACUUUGGGCCGUACAAGUCGCUCUUCAUGCAGACGCUGUCCAGAGGCCGUACCUGUUACCUCGGGCUGCCGUCACUGCCCUGCUUGCGCAGUCAGCCCCAGAGGAACUGGAAGGACUGUGGUGCCAAACAGGGCCUGCCUGCUGUGGGCCUGCGUCUCUCUGAUCUCAUCUCCCGACUACAGCAGUGCUACCAGCUGACCACCGCGGGGCGUUUUGAGGACGCUGUGGAGCGUUUCAGAGCCAUCCUGCUGUCUGUGCCUCUGCUGGUGGUUGAUAACAAGCAGGAGAUUGCAGAGGCUCAGCAGCUGAUCACGAUUUGCAGAGAGUAUAUUGUAGGACUGACCAUGGAGAGCGAGAGGAAGAAGCUUCCAAAGGACACACUGGAGCACCAGAAGAGGCUGUGUGAGAUGGCUGCGUAUUUCACUCACUGCAACCUCCAGCCUGUCCACAUGGUGCUGGUGCUGCGCACAGCUCUGAACCUUUUCUUCAAACUGCGUAACUUCAAGACGGCUGCUGGGUUUGCAAGACGUCUGCUGGAGCUGGGACCUAAGCCCGAUGUUGCUCAGCAGACCCGCAAAAUCCUGGCUGCUUGUGAGAAGACACUGACAGAUGCCCACCAGCUGAACUACGACCCCCACAACCCCUUUGACCUGUGCGCAGCCUCUUAUGUCCCCCUGUACCGUGGACGCCCAGUUGAAAAGUGCCCUCUCUCCGGGGCCUGCUACUGUCCCACAUACAAAGGCCAGAUCUGCAGGGUCACACAGGUGACAGAGAUCGGCAAAGAUGUGAUUGGUCUGCGUGUGAGUCCACUUCAGUUCCGUUAGAGCCGACUCCAAUAAAAAGAAAAAGCAAAGAAAAACACAUCCACAAGUGUUACACCUUAAAAAUAAUACAGAUUUUGCGAUGAGAAAUUAAACUAGAAAUAUAUGUUUCUUCACAAUGAUGUGAAAUAAUUUUAUCCAAUCACUGCAUCAUUCUUUACUGCAAAUGACCUUGUCUUGCUGAUGCUGAUGAUCAUCAUCCUCUCUGUGCUUCUGUUUUAUUAUUCGACUUCUCUUUUUCUGACCUGUGUAACAUGAAAAAGUCAAAAGUACGAUAUUCUAUGUAUGUGGGGAAAACAAAUAAAAAAAGAAAAUCGG